AUGUCAAUACCCAAUUACAAUUACUCAACUCAAUACAAUAUCUAACAUUUAUAAAACAUUGUAUUUUAACAUUUUUUGCAACUAAAAUAGCAAUAGCAAAUAGCAAUUCAUAUAAUCUGUGAAUCUAAUGCAAACCUAACCAAUAACCAAGUCCCAAGCCCAAGUUAUAAUCGUAUCGUUGAUUGGACUAUUGUUGUGGGCAGUUGAUCUAGAAAUUACCACUAAUUUGUCUUUGAAAAUAAUAUCUCAUUAUAAUCGUAAAACAUGGCGUAUGUAACUGGAGAUGGAACUGUUGUUGAUAAAACACCAUUCAGUGUUUUUGGAUGGUUUUGGGGCCUUAUUAAUUUCUUCUAUCUUCUAUUUCAGACUCUGAUCAAUCCAAACUACAGUAAGUAUGGGAACAAGUAUGUGACAGACUACAGGCCCCCGGGCAGUGGACCACCAAAGCCUCCUUCGCGAAAGUUUGGCGGCUUCGGCCCCUCCGGCUCGGGCCCCGCCCCUCCGCCGAUGGGUGGCUGCGGAUGUGGCUAGUAUUGCCACUACAUUGCAUACAUCCAACAAAUACAAAUUCAAAUAAUAACGGUGGUACGAGCCUUAUCAAAUAACAAACUAAAUUAAACAAUAUAAAUUCAUUUCCCUUGUAACUUUUAACUCACAUUUAUUUUUUUACAUCAAUUAGUUAGCUAUAUUAAAAGAUAUUAUAGAAGACAGUAUCUUCGUUUCUGGCCAAGUUCUUUUCCUAUUUUUAUUUGGAGAGUGGCUCUCCAAGUGGACAGGUUGGCCAAAUUAGUGGAUCUGGACUUCUAUUUGUACACUUUCUACAAACACUUGUGUAACAACACUAGGCUACUCUUACUUUUAUAAGAAGUUUUUAUCAAAUUACAAUAUUGCUGGCAAAUAGUUAUUAGUAUAUUUUUAUAUGAAAAUGAAGGAAGGAAAAGAAAAUGGGCAUUACUGUAAACACCGCCUUUGUUUUGUCUCAGUCACAUGUAUACUGAUCUGAGGAAUGUAAGACCCAUUCAGUUGAGUUGGAAACUAUGUGAUGUUAACAUGA